CUGUGUGUUGCUCGGGGAGGAGAGGCGGGUAAAUGUAAACAUUGAUCAGGCACAGUGAGACUUUAGCUUUAGCCUUUUAGCUCGUCGUUAAACCUCCUGUUGUUCUCUGUAAUGAGGACGUUUUCACAGCUGCUUUAGUUUGUGCCGAACACCAUUUUUUCGUUGCAUUUUGGCCUCAGCAGUUUGUAAUAAAGACGAGCUAACCCACCAACAACAGUUAGCUAGCUAAGUUAGCUAGCUUCUGCUAACUAGUGUUGCGUGCUAACAUUAGAAAGCCUUAUUAAUGUUACUUAUAUCUGAAAACACCUCGAGUUACUGCCUCCCCCAUGCAGCGUAAUGGAGGAUUAUGACAAGUUUGUGCAGCUUUGUCUUUCUCAACUGAGGAAAAAUGAGGAAGAGGAGCAGAAACACAGCAAACCUUUAUCUGCUUCUGUUAUCCGCUUCUGUGGACGACCCAUCCUUCCUCCUUUGCUCUCAGAGAAGCAGAGAGAGGAGAUGAGACGACACAGAGAUGAAAUGCAGAAAGCUACAGUCCAUAAAAAGUUCUCAGGUGAUCCCAGAAUGGCCCGCGUGCAAACAAUCCUGCACAGCGUCCAGCUUAGAAAGACGCCAACACUUGAGGAGUUACUUGAAGAGUCGGAGAUCAGGAAUGAAUUUUUACAUCCCCGAAAUAUUAGCAAGGCCUCCCACAGUGAAGUUAAUGUUGGAACCAUGGAAACUCUUCCCCCAGCCUCUGGUGUUUUUACUCCCUCAAAGACUUCCACAACAUAUAGUGCCUUUUGUCCUGACGUGUCACCUCAGCAAAGCUGCCACGAAGAGUGCCUUAAUGAGCAGCGUGACAGCCAACAGGAAUCACAGCCAGGUUCCUUCAGUAGUGAAAUCCACCCGUCUCCAUCCUCAGGUUAUAUCACCAAUGAAAACCCUGAAAACACCGUCUCCAUAUCUGAAUGGACCGAAGGCUUUUUCCUUCAAAACACCUCAAAUACAAUUGCCAAAAUGCCAGAUAUCAUUAGCCACCCUCCCAUAGAUGGAGAGGAAUUAGAAAGGAGUGGACUGGAGUCAGUCUUUUUGCAAGUUAAAGAUAUCGAUGACGCCUCGUUUCACAAUGAUUCACUGACACGUGACCCUCAAAACAAUGAACAGUUUGAAAUUAGUCAUCUGGAGAGCGUAGAGCAUGAAGAACAUAUUCCCUUCUCUACAAAACCUGACUUUUCUGACUAUGUCAAUAUGGAAAAAAAUGAGGGAUUAGUCACUUUGCCAGAUAAAACUGUCUUUUCAGACAAUCUAAACUUAUCACAGAAAUCAUUUAAGCCUCCCAGUCUGACUUCAGAACCUCAGAAAAAACCCAGUGAAGCAGAACCAGAACCAGUAAACCAGAUCAACAAAUUAAGCACAAAGCAAUCUGAGGAGCUCCAUCCAAUGAGCCUCCAGGCAUUACUUAAGAAAUCUCAGGAGUACCGUCGGCGCCAGCGGCUUCUUAGGAACCAAGCCAAAAACACUAAAAUCCAGGAGAAGACCCAAGAGCAGCCAAAAGCCCGAAUAGAGGAGCAGAGCCUCUCCGAUAAGGAAAAUGAGGACAAGGACACCGGGACUGCAGAGGACAAGAAAACCAAAGAACAGCGUGGCAAUUUCAUCCCCUCAGUGGAGAAAAAUACGGCUGAGAGUGAAGCCUCUGAAGGAAGGUCCAAGGUGAAAAACGAGAGCAUAACACAAAAUGGAAACACCACAGAACUGAUGAGCGCUGAGGAAGAAACAGCCUUAAAAAAUAAACUGAACAGUUUUCAAGAGUUUAUAACACAACCUAAAGAAAGCAGCAGUUUCAUUCAGCAAAGACCCACAUCAGCAGGAAGAUACCAAGACACCUUUAACAGGAUCUCGUGUCUUAAAGGUUCCCAUAGAGGAGUUGGAAAAUAUUGCACUGUCCCAGUCCCUAACGUCUGUCUAAGUCCUGUUCACUUCAAAAGCAAAGACGGUCCCAAAGAUGGACUGACUGUUGAAGAGGAGAAGACAUCGAUUGAAAAUCCGGUCCUAAAUCAAGCUAAAGCACUUUCCUCCACUGCAAAUGUCAUGACUGGAGAUGACUUCACUGGUGUUUUUGCUCAAAGUUCCCUGCACAUCGAUCAACUGAGGUCCAGUCUGUCUUGUCUGAAAGUACUGAUCUCAGACCUGGAGUCCACCAUGAAAGAAAGCCUGGACAAUCAAACUGAGAACAGUGUGCAAACUGAGUCAGGUUUUAAGAGCAUGAAACAAUCUGAUCAGCUCGAGCAGAGGGAUUGCUUUGGUGUGGAGGGGGAGCAGAGUGAUGAUGAUGAUGGUGGCAACAAUGUGGAUGGCAGGGAUUUACAGAGAAGACAGUUAAUUGAUUUCCAAACCAUUCAUGAAGAUCUUGAGUCUGAAGCUAGCUUUAUCGGUACAGAUGAUGUGUGUCUCUCAGUUCAGGAGAGGGCACUUGAAUUUGUUAAAUUAAACCAUGACAAAAUAUGCAAAACAGCAGCUACAGGAGGUAAAGAGAAAUGUGCAAAAGGAUUUGUUCAGAGGGAUGCUUCCACGAGGCAGCCGUUCCCUACAAAAAGUCUGACAUCUGUAGCUCAGUUGAUGCUCGUCCCUGAUAUGUUCCGUAAUGGUCUCUCUGAAAAUACGCUUCCCUGGGACACUUCGAUACUUUCCGAUCAGAGUAACCGUCCUGAGUUGAAGGAGAGGGAGGCGACUGCUGAAGGGCAGCAGCGCUGCGUUCGCUCACCGUCUCUCAAUCAGUCGUAUGAUGUGGAGAUGCCAUCUGGCCUUUGGCUCCUGGAAGGGUCGGGGUCUGACCCGGGCUCACAGAGUCAUCUUGGUCCGGAGAUGCAUAUGACUCCGGAUAGUGGGGGCGAAGGACACAGAGGGGUGUCCAAGGUCAAACGGAGGCUGCUCAUGCAUUUAACAGACGAGACACAGGAAAAGAGCGCCAGUAUGAGCGGAGCGGCAAGUGCUGUGGUCAGGCCAAACUCCAGUACCUGCAGAGCUGCAGUGCAUUUGUAUGAAGACAUCAAAAAAGACGGGCAAGAACAACUAAAACAGGCCCAUGCAACUCAGGUUCGAGCUCUGCAAGACAAACACAGAAAGCAGCAGGAAGAACUCCUUCAGGUUCUGGCAGCACGAUACCGUCUCCUCCAGAAUGUGUCUCCUCGCUCCACGUCAGGCUCUUGUCCUGGGGACACAUUGACCUUCUCCGCCCUCUCCCAGCCCCUCCGCCCGCUCUCACGGCGCUGCCGCCCCCUGCUGGCCGCAGCCGUGAAGGGUUUUCUGACUCGUCGGCUGCUGAGGACCGAGCGAGUUGCUCAGCUGCUUCGCACCAUCAGGGACACGCAGCAGUUCCUGCAGGCGCAGGGCGCCGCCAGCAGAGAGUUCUGUAGCAGACAGGACGGCUUGCUGCAGGAGAGAGUCGCUCUGCAGCUGCGCGCCGCACGUUACGAGGUUCACGACAUAUUCUUCAGCCUGUCAGCCGGAGAGCAGAUGCAGCUGAUCAGCUGGGACAGAGGCCUCGUCAAAGACAGAGAACUCAGACAACAGAAUGGACAUUCAGGCUCUCCCAGGAGAAAGAGUUUUCUGUCAGCAGCAACACAAAAAUCACUGGAAAGGAAGAGAGAAAUGUUGAUUCAGAAAGGAGCUGCAGAACUACACAAGGGAGUUCUGACAAAAACUGGACAGAAGUCUGGAUUCACAGCCAAGAAACCGCAGGAGACAAAACGAGGACAGUUCAUAGCAAAUCCUCAGAGAGUCCCAAAGAGCCGCUGCUCCUCCAGACCCCGAUGAUACGUCCCUAAUUGGCCCCAGUGAGGACUCCUAACAAGGCCUCCAGUGAACUAUAGGAAGAGAGUGAAGCAUCCUCGAAGUCCUAAAUGUAAAAGGACACAAAUGAAUCCUGUUGCUGAUUAACUUCACGAACAGCUUCUCCACUGUCAGGAAUUGCAAAACUACUUUUUUCAUUUAUACACAUUAUUUAAAUAAUCUGUUCCUUACAUUUUCUACCAUCUAGUAGUUACACAUUGAAAAUGUUAAAAAAGGAAAAUGUUGACCUAGAUUUUGUUCCCUUUUUUUAUUAUUAUUUUAAUUUUUUUUGUUUGUUUGUUUUACAGCAAUCCAGGCUUGUUACUGCAGAAUAAGCACAAAUGUAGGAAAUAAAGUUAAAACACUGCAAUUUGUUGUAGAAAAGCACUUUUGGGGCAGUUUAGCUCAUUGCUGUGGCUCACUGGGACGCUUAAAGGAAAAUUUGCCUCAUCUUUGUUUUUCCUGCUGUGCUGAGUCCACACAUCUGUAGGAGAACUCAAGAAUUACAUAAAUCACCUAACUGAUGAGCACUCAGGUUCACAGCAAUUAGCUGCACCAGUUUAGAGACAUUUUAUGUGCCUUUAACCAAAAACGGGCCAUCUUCAAACAUAUUAGCACACUUUGACCUCUUUAGUUUUAUUUACAUUUUGUUUUGUCCUCAAACAAAUGUUACUUUCUAGCUGCAGAUGUUUAAAAUUUGAAAAUAAUUUUUAGCCUACCGUUGCCUUAAAACGUGCUAUUUUAGAAUUACAUUUACCCAAAAAAUGUGUACACUUUUGUAUUUUAUUUCUCUUAUGAAGGAUUCAGUCUGUUAUUUAUUAUCAUUUGAUUGUAGUUGGGAAUAAAAGUUUCUUAUGACAAAAACAGAAUAAAUUGACCAGCCAGUCACUGACCGUUUAUACUAACAAAUU